CCAGGCUUUACAGGGUCUUAACAUGAUCUAUUGGAAAUGUCUAUGCAGGUUAAACUUUGUCUUCAUUCUUUGGAUCUCAAUGACGUUUGUGUGCUCGGGUUACCCAGUUGUCCCUUCCACGAGCAGCAAUCCUUUUUAUUUGAAUUGCCAGCUGUAUGGAAAAUCUGAUUACUGCCUCGUCCUGCUGACUGUGGGCAGGAAUGAAGAACUGGCUUUUUUAAAGCCUUACCUGGAGAUGCCUUUCAAUAAAAGGUCCUUUCGCAACGGUGUUGGAUCAGGAAUUAAAAAAACUUCAUUUCGAAGGGCAAAGUCAUAA